AAGUAACAGCCGUUACUUUAUUGUCCCAGAAACUCCUUCGCCACCUUUCCUUCUCUCUUCUCCAAAAAGCUUUGCUCCAUGCUUUGGUAUCGGAUUUUCUCGCCUCGAUUUCGUUCGGGGAGUUGAGGGUUUUGACCAGCGGGGUGCGGAGUUCUCGAGGAUUUGGCGAGGUUUUCUGGGUUUCCCCUUGAUGUCGGCGUGGAGCGAGUGAAUGAAGGCGAUUUGUGUUCUGGAUCUAGGGUUUAGAUGAAACCCUGGGUGGAUGGCGAUGAGGGGAGUCGAUUUCAAGUGGUACGAUGGGUUCUUCUUGUCGAUGCUCGCCACAAGUGUAAUCAUUGUUUCGAUCAACUGGAAAAGGUACCAUCUGUGUACCCAUCCAUUGCAUAUAUGGAUUGUGGUCGACUAUACCACUGUCUUCAUAUUUCGGCUUCUGAUGUUCGUUGACAAUGGGCUUGCUGCGGGAAUGGGAUUAGAUCUUGGAUGGCAGCAGAGAUAUGUCCGUUUUUGUGGGAGAAUUGUGGUCCUUUCACUUCUUAUCCUUAUUCUCUAUCCUUUUCUUUGGGUUUGGACGGUGAUUGGCACCCUAUGGUUCACUAGUGCUAGGAGUUGUUUGCCUGAGGAAGGUCAAAAAUGGGGUUUUCUUAUUUGGUUGCUUUUCAGCUAUUGUGGACUAGUUUGCAUCGCUUGCAUGUCUGCAGGAAAGUGGCUAACACGAAGACAUGCACAUAUGCAACGUGCACAACAAGGAAUUCCAAUUUCAGAAUAUGGGGUUCUGGUUGACAUGAUUCGUGUACCUGAUUGGGCAUUUGAAGCAGCUGGUCAGGAAAUGAGAGGAAUGGGCCAGGAUACUGCAUAUCACCCAGGACUUUACUUAACAGCAACUCAGAGAGAAGCAGUUGAGGCACUUAUUCAAGAACUUCCAAAGUUCAGGCUGAAGGCUGUCCCAACUGAUUGCAGUGAAUGCCCCAUCUGCCUUGAGGAAUUUCGUGUGGGGAAUGAGGUACGAGGCCUCCCCUGUGCCCACAACUUCCACGUGGAAUGCAUUGAUGAGUGGCUGCGACUGAACAUAAAAUGCCCCAGAUGCCGCUGCUCUGUCUUCCCCAAUCUGGAUCUCAGUGCACUUACUAACUUCCGAGCUGACUCUGAGCAGCCCUCAGCCAGUGAGGUGACGACAGCCACGCGGUAUGUGCGAUCACAACCUGCAGGCCAGAGCUACCUGCUUCGGUUGCAGGGGCUGCUGCGCCAUGUCCGGACUGAAAGUGCUACUGCUGGUGACACUGAUGAUCACAGGGACCGAGACGACCAUAUGGACCUAGAGAAUGGAGUUCAUAGAGUGGUUGUUUCUCAGGAUCCAACAAAUGUGGCUAGCCCCUUGAUGUCCAGUGACACAGUUGACCGAGUGGCUGAUCACUGAUCUAUUCUCAUAUAUAACAUCAUUCUUUUUCCGUUUGGGUGGGGGGUUCAGUUUGUGGGUGCUUGUGUUUUUUGGGGGGCGCGGGGGGUGGGACUGGUGAGAGCAAGCAGGGCAGGGCGGCUCCCUAACGGGAGAUUAUGUUGUGGUCUUCUAUCGAUCUUGCCAAUAUUUUCGAGUAUUGGUUCUAUUUCAAACUCGCAGGAGUUCUCCCACCUUACCGGUUGGUGGAUAAAGCUUUAUGAGAUGGUUCUCUACUUGGUCA